GUCAACAUUACACAAUAGUCUAGCUUGAAAAUACGAAAAAGUCAUGCUACUACAAAUGGAGGCAAACUAAUGUCACCAACCAUCAAACCAGCACACAAAGCAUUUUCAUGUUUGUCAAAAUCUUCUUCAUCGAGAUGGAGACCAGUUUUUGUCAGGGAGUUGUUGUAGCUCAGUGCAUCGUGUACUGGAGUGCUGAUGUCCCAUUAUUCAAAUGUUUCUUUGCUGUUUUAGCUGAGGUUGUGGCUGCAGAAAAGCCCAGUACCACACAAGAGCCUGAAAAUGAAAGGUCCUCUUUCCUUUCCGCACGACUGAGACGGCAGCUGAAGAAUAAGAGAAUGUUGAUUUCUAAGAACGACAUCGAGCUGUCCAAUGCUAUCGGUCAAGGUCAGUCUGGACUGGUCUACAGGGCGUGUCUGACAACU